UAGCCCGUUUUGUCAGGUUGUCAUAUUUUAUGACGUCACCGUAUCAAAAACGCAAAUAAUCGUAUCCCAUCAUGCAAUUGGUAUCUGGAAGUGGGAAUAACCGUGUGCGUGCUUGAUUUUUUUCUGGAAUAAUCUACAAAAAUGAACAAUUAUUUCGCAAUAAUCUCUGUGUUAUUGGUGGUAGUGAACUGUCAGAGCAGACCACCACGGCCGCCACCCAGCAUGGAUCCCAGAGGCACACCGGUACCAAUGCCAGAUUCGUCCCCAGCCCCUGUCUCUCCUCCAAGACCCAAAGGAUGUUCCCCUGGGUGUGGGCCAACAGAAAUUUGCGCUGAACUUGGUCGCAGCUAUUGUCGAGGGGGACAAGUGUGCUCUGUUUGUAUAAAAAUGUCUUCCAUCCGGUUCCCAGCAUCAGCUUUAGCAGGCAUGUUUGCUCAACAGACUAAGCCAGCAGAACCCGCAGUGCCAGCUCAACCAGUUGUACAAGUGGUGCCACAGACCAACCCAUUAAACUCUAGUUUGAAUGCUACAUUCGAUCAGAUGCUGCCAGAUACAGCUUCUACUGUUAUAAACUCUUUAAACUCAAAUGAUUCACAGAUGUCUCUCAUUGAGUAUGCGGCUAAACAACGCAAUGUCUUACCCGAUGUUGGAACAAACAAUAUACAGGAUAAUAAAUUGGCACCUUCACCUGUAAAAGGGACAACCACACUUGAUCUCAGUCAACUGGACACAAAAAAAGUGAAAUACCCUAUCAUAGUGACCAUGCCGGAUUCUCCAAAUUCACCGAAUGCCGCCACAAAGGAUCAAAGUAAAUCAAUUAAAUCAUCCAGCAAAGUCUCUGCUGGCAAAUCUCAGAUUGAAAGCCAUAUGGGACACAUUGAUCAAACCCAAAUGGCAAAGUGGUACCAACGGUAUCAACUGUUCAAAGCCCAGCAAGCUCGGAUGAAUGGGAACAAUAUUGCAUCAAAACCAAAUACGGAUGCUUUCGACUAUUCAACAUUCAAAAAGUUCCAACAAUGGCUUCAAAUGAGCCAAAACCAAAAUGAGGCACAGGCUCAAACAACAAUGGUACAAACAGCUCCCGCAACAGUUGUACAAACGCCGGUCCCGGCUUUACAACCAAUGAUUCAACCUCUAGGUUCCGUUCUCCCAGUUGUGAACAAUCCUGUUCAACCACAAACAGUUCCUCAAUUCCCAACUCCAACAAUGCAACAGCAAUUUUUACUUUGGCAACAACAACAACAACAGCAACUACAAAAUCAAGCAAAUAUUGCAUCAGUACAGCCGCAGAUGAAUGUUGUCAGCGGUGUACCCCAGCCUCCAUCAGCUGUUCCGCAAACGAACCCUACAAUUCAACCAGCUUUUGAUUAUGCCGCAUUUCAAAAACAAUAUCAGCAAUGGCUACAAACUCAGGGCCAGACACAGACCCCAGCUACACCUACAGUAGACUAUACGGUUUUACAACAGCAAUGGUCAAAACAGCAACAACAACAAAAUAAUGGACAAAAUGCCUCAAAUAAUCAACAGACACAACAAACUUCCUCCCAGCAAAUCCAGAGUAAUACUCUACCAAAUCCCCAAACUUCGCAGGCACAGAAUACAUUCUCUUACGUGCCACAACAACCAGUCAAUAACUACAACAACGACCCCUUCUUUUUUAACUUUCAAGGACCCCAGCAGAAUACUUUUGCUGGUAAUUCUGCAAACAACGAUCCUUUCGCUGUAAAUAACGAUCCAUUUGCCAGUAAUAAUGGCAUGAUGGACAUGAUGUUGUUAGGCGGAUUUGGAUUCGGCGGAGGACUGUUUGGGUUCUAAAAGUACGGCCUCAUGAUGUUUGAGGGUCUCGGUUUCGGAGGUGCUUUUUAAAAUCUUUCCAACAACUCACAGAAUGUACAGUCACAUAUAUUUUCAUUAAUGUCAUAUACAAAACACAUAUUUAACAUGUGUAUACAUAUAGUUAUUUUAGAACUGAUUUAUUCAAUCUUGAAUUUUCGAAAUUGUAAAGUAAAUAUUGUAUUAGUAACGAUGAUUGUGUUGAGUGAUCUCCCUUUAUAUGUCACCAUGGGAACGCCUGAUUAUCAGUUUAUUUAUGAAAAAUAAUGGAAGCAUGUUUUAUAAUAUUGAGUUUGUAUCAUAACAAUUAUAAUAUAAAUUAAGGAA